AUGCCUAUGCACAAAGGGCACGCUCACUCAUUGUGUUCAGCCGACAAGUACAAAAGCACGUUGUGCAACUACUACAACAGUGGCUCGUGUCGAUUCGGAGAACGGUAGGGGUACUACGCCAUUGAUUAUGACAGACGAUAAGGGCUUCGAUGGCUUGUGUGUAUGCAGGUGCCGGUUUGCCCAUGGCAGAAAGUCAGUCGGCUCAUUGCAUCGUCAACACGACAGACGGAUGGGCGGCGCACACUGAAUGCCAUCUUGUGUGUCCGUGUGUGUGUGCUUUGUUCAGGGAGCUUCAGUCGCCCUACCUGCGGAUGAAGAUGUGCGAGUAUGUCGACAGCCACGGUAGGGUACACUUACUGCAUCAGGGCUUACAGAAACAAUCGAUGGAUGGAUGGAUGGAUGCCAUCGUCUGUGCGCCCCCAUCGUCGGUGCAGGUCAUGGUUGCAGAUUCGGCGACAGAUGCAACUAUGCACAUACGAUGGAGGAGCUCGACGCAUGGCUGUGAGUCACACAUCCAAACGCCAAGCCAACGACCGUCGAUGGUUUCUCAAUGUGAAUGGUUUUUACAGAGGCCGCAACUUGACGCCAGACACCCGACCACAGCCGUUGGCGUCCAGCAACGUCGACAUCACGCCCCCGCCCAUCCCCCCGGUGUUCGAGACGCAGGUGUCAUCCGACUCGCAGUGGCCUGGCCUGCUGCCGCGGCCAACCUACCCGCCUCCUCCUGCACCAGUGGGACCCCGGCCACCAGUAUCGCUUUCUUGCGACGCUGGUGGCCGUGGCGGUGGUAAUGACGAGAGGGCCGGCACCGAUACGGCGGAAAUCGCAGAUGCCAAGGAGAUAGUAUCGGGCGAGAACCGUCAUGAGUGAGUUGCCAAGUGGCGAUGGAGGGGAUGCCUGAUGAGGGGCGGCAUGCUAUGUGUGGUUCUGUGGCUGUUAUCCGUGUGUACAGGUCGACGAAUGUGAGUUCAAGUGAGGCCGAGCUGGACUCGAUGCGGCUGCGUUUGGCCGAGCUGGAGAGCACGGUACAGGAGCUACGUUUGGAGCUGGCGGCAGAGCAACAGGCCAAAGAGGACGAAAAGGACAAACGGUGGGUAUGUGGGUAGGGACAAGGGCUGGCUGACUGACAGAGAGAGAGAGGGAGGGAGGGAUGGAGCAAAUGAAGGGAGGGACAGAACGCGAUUGUGCCAUUGCUUUGCGGUUGAUGCAGUAUGUGCAAGAUAUGUCACGAGAAGCAGCAUCGAUUCUGUUCAUGCCCUGCAAGCACCUCACCAUGUGCACAGGUAUACAUGGAUGGAUGGAUGGAUGGAUGGAAACGCAAUCGCUGGCUUUACUCCUUCUUCGCCUCUUCGCUAUGUCCAGAGUGUUUUGUGGACAAGUUCCAAGGCAAGGAGUGCAUUAUGUGUGGGCAGGAGUACGAGAGCAAGAUGGCCAUUAAGCCGUUCGACUGACUGACUGACUGAUACGCUAGACACACUAGUUUCUUAGACAUCCUCACCUAAGCUGACGUACGUGCCCUUUUUUCCUUCCUCUUAGGAAUGCACGGCCUCUGAUCUUGCUGAGUGCUUGUGGGCGUGGUGUAUCAUGUUUCAUGUCUCGUCUGUGUGUGCCCGUGUGUGUGUGUGUGUGUGGUCUGAUAGCAAGGAAGAAACCUAAGGCAGUCAACUAUUGGCUCAGCAGUAAGGGGAUAGCCAUGUCCGGCAUUCAUUCAUAUGUGCCGGGGCAAGGGAUUGGUAUUUUGGAACAAGGCA